CAGUUGUUUCUUCUAUUCAAUCCUCAUCUCUCUAUAACUUCUCCACACCCUCCUCCUCCCCAUACAUUUAAUUAAGAAUUAAUUAGAGCUAACCUCAUCCCUCUCCGAUUCAGUAUAUAUAGUAGGCUUAGAGGUCCAAUCACAGCAGACACAAGGACCCCAGGUCGAUUGUGGGGUAGCUAGCUACCAUUGGGCCUGUUUCUCUUUUUUAUUUCUAUUUCUGAUUCUUCUUCCAUUGAAUUACUCCAACAGUCAUCUCUUCCAUUUGGUUGGCCAGAGUUUCUUGAUCUUAACUCUUAAGACAGGUAAAGCAGAGCAUAGAGAAAUAUGAAGAGAAAGGCCAAUCCUCCGCUGGAUUUGAAGCUGAACCUGUCGCCACCAAGGCCGAAUCCCCAAGUGGAAUCGCCAAAGUUAUCGGCUUCUUCAGAGGUGUCGCCCAGGAGCUCAUGCGUUUCGAUGGAGCUGAGCUCGGAAGAGACCCAGACCCACCCCCACCAAUUGAACAGUCCUGAGGCAACUUCCAUGGUUCUUGUGGGGUGUCCCAGAUGCCUCAUGUAUGUGAUGCUAUCAGAGGUGGAUCGGAAAUGCCCCAAAUGCAAGAGCACCGUUUUGCUUGAUUUCCUCAAUGAAGAAGACACCAAACAAACCAGAAACUGAGGAUCUCACAUGGACCCUGCUUCUCCUCCUGCUUCAUGGUGCGCCUUAACGACUUCUCCACCUCCUCCUAGUUUUUAGGAUUUUUUUUUUUUUUUUUUUGUUAAUUUUUAAUUUUCAUUCCGAGAGCUUUCCUUCUGCUUUUCUCUAUCAUGGGUUUAGUUGCCCAUUAGACUCAGGAAAGAAAAAGAAAAGUCGGAAUUGAGUUGGGUAAUGUAAGCUUUAGAAUUUUCUUCUCUUUUCCCAUGUCAUCUUUGCAACCAAAAAUAGUUUUAUGCUUUCCUCCUUAAGAAUUAACCAA